UGGGCGUCCCCUUAAGAGUGGCCGGCCGACCCGGCCUCCGCCUCUCAGUGCGCGGAGCGCGGCGGUCACCUGAGGCUCGCAGGGCAGCCAGAUAGCGGCGGGGCCGGCUCUCUCGCCCACCGAGGUGGGAGACGGGGCCCGGACGCCAGGUGCCCGGAGCCGACUGGGAGCCGACUGAGACCGGCGGCCGUCCCGCGCCUCUCCGCGGCGGAGGAUGCGGGAGCGCAUCUGGGCGCCGCUGCCGCUGCCGCUGCUACUGCCGCUGCUGCUGCUACCGCCGCCGCUGUGGGGCGGCCCUCCGGAGCUGGAGCCCGGGCCUCUGCAGCCCUUCGACCUGCUCUACGCCAGCGGCGUGGCCGCCUACUACAGCGGGGACUUCGAGCUAGCCGUGCGCGACUUGGAAGCGGCGCUGCGCAGCCACCGGCGCGUCGGUCCCGGGGCCGAGCUGCCCUUCUUCCGCGCGGUGCUGGAGCGGGCGCGCUGCUACCGCAGCUGCGAGACCCAGCGCCUCGGGGGACCCGCGUCCCGCCACCGCGCCAGCGAGGAUGUGCGCAGCGACUUCCAGCGCAGAGUGCCCUACAACUACCUGCAGCGGGCCUACAUCAAGCUUAACCAGAUGGAAAAGGCCAUGGAAGCAGCCCAUACAUUUUUCAUGGCCAACCCUGAGCACAUGGAAAUGCAGCAGAACAUUGAGAAUUACAGAACCAUGGCCAGCGUUGAAGCACUCCAAUUGGUUGAUCGAGAAGCCAGAUCACACCUGGAGAGUUACAGUGCAGGAGUUAAACAUUAUGAGGCUGAUGAUUUUGAGCUAGCUAUCAAGUACUUUGAACAAGCUUUAAGAGAAUAUUUCAGUGAAGAUAUGGAGUGCAGAGUCCUGUGUGAGGGGCCUCAGAGAUUUGAAGAGUAUGAGUAUUUAGGGUAUAAAGCUGGUCUCUAUGAAGCCAUUGCAGAUCACUACAUGCAGGUGCUGGUUUGUCAGCAUGAAUGCGUGAGGGAACUUGCCACCCGCCCUGGCCGCCUCUCACCGAUUGAGAACUUUCUUCCCCUGCAUUAUGACUACCUACAGUUUGCCUACUAUCGAGUUGGUGAAUAUGUGAAAGCGUUGGAGUGCGCCAAGGCCUAUCUUCUCCUCCAUCCGGAUGAUGAGGAUGUCCUAGUCAAUGUGGAUUACUAUGAGAGUCUGUUGGAUGACAGCCUUGACCCAGCAUCCAUUGAGGCCAGAGAGGAUUUGGCAAUGUUUGUGAAGCGUCAUAAACUGGAAUCGGAACUAAUAAAAUCAGCUGCAGAGGGUCUGGGAUUUUCAUACACUGAGCCGGUAAGAGGAAAGAGGAAAUUGGGCAGGGUCCCUUCAGGAGUGAACGUAGAGGGGGCAGAAGUUCAUGGAUUGUCAAUGGGGAAAAAAUCGUCACCCAAGAUAGACCGAGACCUAAGAGAGGGUGGCCCUCUCCUCUAUGAGAACAUCACGUUCGUCUAUAACUCAGAGCAGCUGAAUGGGACUCAACGGGUUCUCCUGGAUAACGUCCUGUCAGAAGAACAGUGCCGGGAGCUCCACAGCGUGGCCAGUGGCAUCAUGCUUGUUGGUGAUGGAUACAGAGGAAAAACUUCACCCCACACACCCAAUGAAAAGUUUGAAGGUGCAACUGUCCUGAAAGCACUCAAAUUUGGUUAUGAAGGCCGAGUCCCACUGAAGAGUGCCCGUCUGUUUUAUGACAUCAGCGAGAAGGCUCGAAAGAUUGUAGAAUCCUAUUUCAUGCUGAAUUCAACCCUGUAUUUUUCCUAUACACACAUGGUCUGCCGAACAGCCCUGAUUGGUCAACAGGACAGAAGAAAUGACCUCAGUCAUCCUAUCCAUGCUGACAACUGUCUGUUGGAUCCAGAGGCCAAUGAAUGCUGGAAGGAGCCUCCUGCUUACACAUUCCGGGACUAUAGGUACAGCCAGCACCUGCUUCAGAACCAAGAGUCCAUUUUUCACUUUCUUUCUCAGGCCUCUAUAAAACCAAAGUGUGGGCGUAUGAUCAGCUUCUCAUCUGGAGGAGAGAACCCGCAUGGGGUGAAGGCCGUCACCAAGGGCCAGAGGUGUGCUGUGGCUCUGUGGUUUACCUUGGACCCACUCUAUAGAGAAUUGGAGCGAAUACAGGCCGAUGAAGUGAUCGCAAUCCUGGAUCAAGAACAGCAAGGGAAGCAUGAACUGAAUAUCAACCCCAAAGAUGAGCUAUAAAGAUGAGAAAGAAUGUUCUAUGAGAUAUUUAUUUAAAUUGUUAAUCUUAUGAGAACCUUUUUAUUUUUGUACAGAGCCAUAGUAUAAAUUAACAGGUUAAUAGGGGUCACCAGAUCUCCCUUCUCUUCCUAAGGAGGUUUGUUUUCCUUCACUCGGUCUGUCUGUCUUGGUUUUCCAUGAGUUCAUCUCUCAAAGCCCAGUCACCCACUCCCCAUGACACACACACACACACACACACACACACACACACACAAUUCAUUCGCUCCAGAUCCAAAAACUCAAGCAGAAAGAAUAAGUCCGUUCUUGGCGAAACUAUGGUUCUCACGUGUGCUCCAGUUCUAAAGUUAGUGUGUGAUUUGGGCUCAGAAGGCCUUUCUGGCUCUGUGCCUUUCAGCACAUCCUCUCACAGUGCUGACAGCCAUGAGUUUGAAUCUGAGGAUCCCUUGGCAGGGUCCACAACUGCCUCACGUAUCAUUGGCCUGAGGGUCCCCAGGCUGAGAAGGAACUGCUCUGAUGAGUUGUGCAUGAGAUGGAGGGACCCAGCCUUUCCAGGGCCUUGGUGGAGUUUUUGGCUCUGGUAUUUUCACCAGAGAACAAACUUACACUGGAAGCUUUGAUUCACCCUCCACGGUGCUCCAGAAAGGACUGCCCUAUGAGUUGUGUCUUUAAAAAUGUUGUAUAGGUGUUGAAGGAGAAAGGCUCUUCACCCCAGUGACUUUGGAAUGAAGUCUUUAAUCCCACCUGAACCAGGGUACCAUUACCACAUUGCCUGAGAGUGGGGUCCACUGGUGAGAAGGGGCAUUUUUUCUCAAGAAAAAUGGAUUUCUGAUUGACUCCAGUGUUCAUCUGCAUAUAUUUUGGUGGCCUCUCCUCUUUGUUGCUGUCUAGCACACCGAUUCCUGCUUGUGUCUGAUUUUUUAAAUAAAGGGAG